GCUUCUGCUUCCAACCAAAUUCUUUUCAUUCCAAAAGAAGAAACCUCUCACCAAUAUUUAUAAGAUGGAGUUGCCUCCUAAAUAUUCUGAUUUAAACCAACUUAAAUUGGAGGAAGAAGAAGAAGAAGCUGAUUCAAUCUCGUCUGAAGGUUCAAGUAUUGGAUCAUUAGAGCCUGAUAUCGAAGAAGAAGUUUCAAAUUCUUCACCAAAAAUCAAAGACCCUUUGCAGGAUAUGUCCUCUCUUCUUCAACAACUUCCUUCCAAGAGAGGGCUUUCAAAGCAUUACCAAGGGAAAUCACAGUCAUUUACAUCAUUAAAAGAGGUGACAUGCUUAGAAGAUCUUGCAAAGCCUGAGAAUCCUUACAAUAAGAAAUUGAAGUCUUGCAAAAGUUAUGCAGCCAUCUACAACAAUCUCCCAUGUCCUCCAAAGAAGUCAUCAUCUCAAAGGCCCUCAUGUUCAAAAACAAAUAAUAAUAUUGGUAAUUUGUUGGGGAACAGGCGGCCACCAAUGGAUCCUCACAGAUCUGCAAGCACAAACAGCUUUUCCAAUCAGACUGCUUUAUUUGCUUAAUUAUGUAAUUUUAUUUUAUUUUAAUUACCCUACCCAUCAUAUAUUUCAAAAUGACAUUUUUUUAACUAUGUCUAUGUUGUAUCUCAGUACCGAAAUGAAUUGUAGUACGGUUUUAUA